CGGUGUUUACACGCGCAGGCUGUUUGGGUUUGGUUUAAUUUCACUUGUCAUGACUUCCAGCCUGUAAUGUUUUGUGUCGCUGGUGUUGGGGUUAAGAGAAAAACAAGAAAUACGAUUUGGCAUUUGAUUUUUCUUAGCAAAACCUGCUCAUAGCGCAUAGACCCAUGUGAUGCUCUUCUCUUGAGCAUAAAUAUGAAUAUUAAAGACUAUUAUCUGAGGAGAAAAUGUAUGAAGUACCUCUGUAAACAAAUAUAUUUGUUUGUCACGUAACCCACAUCUUUUUUUUUAAUCACAGACAAUCACAGUAAUUAAGCUAUAUAUUUAUUAUAUUUGAGGUUCUUGAAAUACUGGUGCUUUGUAAGUGUUUUAGAUCCAAAGAAAGACUUAGUAGACAUAUUACACGUCAUAAUUGUGUCUUAAUUUCUAAAUGUAAAGUCAAGUAAAGGGAAGUCCCCACCCAUUGGUUCUGUAUUUAGUUAUAUUUGGUGUGAUAGGAAGUAAGCAUCAUGACUGUGUGAUUUCCAUUACUCGGAAAAAGUGAUGCAUAAGACAUAAGGGCGCUGGUGUGACAGGGGGUUUCUUUACUGAACUACUCCUACAUAGUACCUUAGCAAGAGGCCUGUAUUCUCAUUUCAGAAGGAGAAAUGAAGGAUAGACUGUGUGACCUGAAUAGUGUGUUAUCUAAAACCUCCCAAGAGGAGCCUUGUGUAGAGAACGGGGAGAACGUAGAAAAUGGUGAGCUGGAGCAGCAUGCCAUGGUGUUCGAGGGCGAGGACAUCAUGGAUGAUAUGUUUAAGGAGGCCCAGUCUAUGCACAAAAAAAUAGCGAACCUUAGAAUGGAGGUGAAGAGACUGGGCAAGCAGAACACCCGUUUCAUUACCUCCGUCAGACGCAUCAGCAGCAUCAAGCGGGACUCCAAUGCCAUCGCACGUAACAUCAAAGCUGAAGGAGAGAAGCUGUAUGCGAGACUUCAGCAGAUGGAGGCACAGUGCAAAGAGCUGGAGGAGAAACACGGGGCCCAGUCUGCGUUAGUCCGCAUGGUGCGCGCCCAGUACAACUCUUUAACCAGUGCCUUCCAUGGUGCAAUGUCUGAAUAUAAUGAGGCUGAGAUGGCACAAAGGGAAAACUGCAAGAUACGCAUCCAGCGACAGACAGAGAUCAUGGGCAAGGAGGUGACUGGGGAUCAGAUCGAAGAAAUGAUUGAGAGUGGUAAGUGGAACGUCUUCUCGGACAACCUUGUCACAGACGAACGAGCCUUCCGAUCAGCACUCAACGAGAUUGAGAACCGUCACAAGGAGCUUCUAGAGCUGGAAAGCCGCAUUCGGGACAUUCAUGAGCUCUUUUUUCAGUUGGCCCUGCUGGUAGAGCAGCAAGGGUCUAUGGUGGAUAACAUUGAGGCUAAUGUGUGUGCUACAGAAGAAUUUAUAGGCAAGGCUACAGUUGAGAUCAAGAAGGCUGUGAAAUAUAAGAAGAAGAACCCAUGUAGACAGCUCUUCUGUUGUUGUUUUCCAUGUUGUAAUAAGUGAAGGAUAAUAUGCUUCCUUCUCGUGCCACUCCGAUUUCAAAAUAACAGGUUAGCUUACUAAAUGCAUAGUGGAUUUGUAUAUUUAAUGGACCUGUCUUUGGUGGAGCUGCCUGUAGUUGUUGCACAAUGGUCAUGUGAUUAACAAGCUGGCACAUUUCAUCAGCCAUGUUUUUAUGCAGUUCUUUUUUUGGGGGGGAUCUAGAUAAUACUGGCUCAUUGCCUGAACAUGUUGUGACAUGGUGUGACAACCCAGUAUCUUGUUCACCAUUGGAUCAGCAAUACAUGAAAACAGCACUGCUUAUUACAUCAAUGGAAUACUUGUAUUGUUUCUGCUCUGUGUUUAAAAAUUACUAUGAUACCUGUAUGGAAAUCAAUUGUAGUAGAUUAUUUAUGCUUUAAAAUUAAGAUGUAUAAUAACUUUUAGGGGGGGGUUAAUAUUUAAGUGGGUACAUAAACUUUAUUGAUGUAAAUUGUUUUCAUAAUUGAAUAAAUAAUUUUAAUUUUGGGA